AUGGGCAAGACAUUACAAGAUUUUGGGUUGGAGUCUUUAGUCGUUCCUGCUGAUGAAGCGCUUACCAGGACUAAAGAUAUUGCAGAUGCAUUAGACGCACCUAUACCUAAUGAAUAUGUUGAAGCAAUUGCUACGUUAAACAACAAGCAACAUGAGACUUUCACUGCAAUUAUGAGCAAGGUCAACAGUGAAGAAUCGGGAGUCUUUUUCAUCGAUGGUCCUAGGGGCACGGGUAAAACUUACCUUUAUUGUGCUCUCUAUGCUGCCAUUAGACAGAUGGGCAAGAUAGUGCUUCCUACAGCAACAUCAGGCAUAGCUGCAUCAAAUAUGGUCACGGGUCGGACAGCUCGUUUGCGUUUUAAACUUCCUCUAGACCACACCAUGUCAAUGGCUUGCAAUGUAUCUAAGCAAAGUGGCCUUGCAGACCUAUUAAAAGCGAGCUCUUUGAUAAUUUGGGAUGAAGCUUCGAUGGCUUUAAAACAAAAUAUUGAAUCUCUUGAUCUGUUGCUUAGAGAUUUAUGUGAGGAAGAACAACCAUUUGGCGGUAAAGUAGUUGUUUUUGGAGGAGAUUUUCGGCAAGUUUUGCCUGUUGUGCCUAAGAAAUCUCAGAAAGAAGCAGUGGAAGCAAGUUUAGUUUCUUCUCAUUUAUGGAAAUACUUUACGCGUAUUAGGCUAAGUGAGAACAUGCGUGCACGGUCAGACCCAUUGUUCUCUGAUUUCUUGCUGGCUCUUGGAAAUGGUGAGCUCCAGGAAACAGAAACUGGAAACAUCCAAAUCCCUGAAGAGCUCCUUAUCCCAUUUGAAGAAGAAGGUAUUUCCUUGCCACACCUUAUUAAAGAGGUGUUCCCAGAGCUGUCAAAAGGUCACUUCAGCCCAGAAAUUUUCACUGAUCACGCUAUACUAACACCUCUUAAUGAUGAUGUUGAUGAAAUCAACAACCUCCUUAUUGAAAAUCACCCCGGUGAAGCAGCAGUGUAUAAAAGCUUUGAUUCUUUGAUUGAUGAUAGUUUCAACAUCUACACAACUGAGUUUUUAAAUACUUUAUGCCCUGGAGGAAUGAGCCCACACUCCUUGGUUCUGAAAUAG